AUGAUAAGAACAGAAUCCUUCUACUGGGAAAGGUUCUCGUUGAUCAUUGGCUGUGCUGGAGCUGUGGCAGUGGAAGUUCCACCAGCUGUGGUAGUGGAAGUUCCACCAGCUGUGGUAGUGAAAGUUCCACCAGCUAUGGUAGUGGAAGUUACACCAGCUGUGGUAGUGGAAGUUCCACCAGCUGUGGCAGUUGAAGUUCCACCAGCUGUGGUAGUGGAAGUUCCACCAGCUGUGGUAGUGGAAGUUCCACCAACUAUGGUAGUGGACUUUCCACCAGCUGUGAUAUGGGAAGCUCCAAAAGCUGUGGUAGUGGAAGUUCCACCAGCUGUGGUAGUGGAAGUUCCACCAGCUGUGGUAGUGGAAGUUCCUCCAGCUGUGGUAGUUGAAGUUCCCCCAGCUGUGGUAGUGGGAAGUUCCACCACCAGCUGUGGUAGGGGAAGUUCCACCAGCUAUGGUAGUGGACUUUCACCAGCUGUGACAUGGGAAGCUCCAAAAGCUGUGGUAGGUGGAAGUUCCACCAGCUGUGAAGUGGAAGUUCCACCUUCAGCUGUGGUAGUGGAAGUUCCUCCAGCUGUAGAAGUUGAAGUUCCACCAGCUGUGGUAGUAGGAGAUGCUCCACCAGCUGUGGUAGUGGAAGUUCCACCAGCUGUGGUAGCGAAGUUCCACCAGCUGUGGUAG